AAUCCAAGCAAUAAAACAGGAACAUAUCAUCCGUCAUCACCGCUUUCUCUUUCUCUUUCUCUCUGCGUGCGCCGAAUCUUCUUCUUCUCAUCCUCCUCGUAAGUACAAUUCUCUCACCACAGAUUCAUUCAAUCACAAACCCUUACCCUUUCCCAUUCAUUCUCCUAUAUAAACCUCACUUUUCACUCUCUCUCUUCAAUUUCUUCUUUCUUUCUUCACUCUACAAAUUCUAGGUUAACUUUUUCCAUCUUUCAACUUCAACCUAUUACUAUCCCUUUUUAAUUCUUCAGAUUUCAAACCAACAAUGGACUCUCCCGAAGAAGACCAUCUAAAGAUUGCAAAGAAGCUUGAGUCCCGGAAAUUAGCUAAGAUCAAUUUCAACCCUACACGAAUUGCUGACUUAGAUACACUUCUUUGUGAUACCUAUGAUAGACUGUCUCCAAAAGAAGUUCAUUAUAACAGCAGGAGAGAAUUGAUUCGCAUCUUCAAUAUGAUGGCAGAGGAAAUAUAUGGCAAGAGUGCGUUCUCCCCUGUUGUGGAAGAAUAUGGAUCAUUUGUAAUGGACAUUUUCAAUGAAGGAAGUGAUCUUGACUUGUCUAUCAAUUUCAGUGAUCCCGUUGAAAUGAGUCGGCAGAACAAGAUUGAAACCCUUCGGAGGUUCGGCAGGAAAUUACGCUCAAUUCAAAAAAGUGGGCAUGUUACAGCUUUAGAAGUUAUCGUGUCUGCCAAGGUACCAAUUAUAAAAGUGACUGAUACUGGAACAGGUAUUGAAUGUGAUUUAUCGGUCGAAAAUUGGGAUGGAAUUGCAAAAUCCCAUAUUAUCCGUGCAAUUUCUGCCAUAGAUGAACGAUUUCAAAAGCUAUGUUUACUGAUGAAAUCAUGGGCCAAGGCACAUGAUAUCAACAGUUCCAGAGAUGCUACUUUGAACUCGUUCUCGAUUAUAUCAUUUGUUGCUUUUCAUUUGCAGACUCGCAAUCCUCCCAUAUUACCUCCAUUUUCUGCUUUACUUAAAGAGGGAGCUAAUAUUGAGUCUGUGAAGGAGAAUGUUAAAACUUAUACCAACUAUGGGAAUAAAAACAAAGAAUCAUUAGCCAAACUUUUCGUUACUCUUUUAGUCAAGCUAGCAUCAGCUAAAAUCCUUUGGCCGAAUGGAUAUUGGACGAGUUCAUACACAGGGUCGUGGAUUUUUAAAGAAUCAUUGAAACGUCCUUACUCUAUGAGUGUGGAGGAUUUCACAGAUCGAUCAGAAAAUGUUGCUAGAGCAGUUAGAGACAAAGGGUUUCAGACGAUCUACAAAUGUAUCCAAAAUUCCAUCGACUACCUUUCACGGUUUUUAAACAGUGAAAUCCAGGGAAUUGAAUUAAUGGACCAUUUGUUUGGAAAACCUAAAGUUUCUACUCUAGGAGUUGAGGGUGUUUCUACUCUAGGAGUCGAGGGUACUUCUACUAGCAACAUCAAUGAAAAAAAGAAUAACCCUCCUGCUUUGCAAAAUCCCCAUCCAUCGAUAAAGAAAAUGAGACACUUUCGACCAAGUAAACCUGAGGGCACAGGUCAGUUGCAUGUACCUCCUAGUAGUAAUGUGCCCAAUGGACUUCCUUCUAUGGUUUCUACUCUAGGGGUUGAGGGUACUUCUACUAGCAACAUCAAUGAAAAUAAGAAUAACCCUCCUACUUUGCAAAAUCCCCGUCCACCGAAAAAGAAACGCUUAGUUAAAAAGAAGGUUCGAGAUCUUCAACGAACUGAACCCUCGGGCACAGCUCAGGUGCAUGUUCCUCCUAGUAGUAACCCUCAUACUUCGCAAACUCCCCGUCCACAGAAAAAGACACACUUAGUUAAUAACCAGGUUCGAGAUCUUCAACGAACUGGACCCUCGGGCACAGCUCAGGUGCAUGUACCUCCUAGAAGUAACCCUCCUACUUUUCAAAAUUCAUAUCCACCGGAAAACAGAUACUUGGUUAAUAACCAUGUUCGAGAUUUUCAACAAACUGAACCGUGGGGCACAGGUCUGGUGCAUGUACCUCGUAGUAGUAAUGUGCCAAAUGGACUUCCUUCUUUCAGUCCCCAACUUCCCUACCAAUCUCGAUAUCAAUCACCAUUUGCUACUCAUAGUUCAAAUUUUGAGCAUCACAAUUAUGUUCCAAGGAAUGUUCCUCCUCCCUUUGGCUUAAAUCCAGUUGUUUCCCAAGGUUCAUAUAAUCCUUCCGUACCGUCUCAUCACGGUUUUGUUCAGACAUUUCAUCAAGGUGCAGUAUACCAUCCUACAAAUCCCUAUCAUGGUUCAUUCCCACAUUCCACACUACAGGGAAGAGACUAUACCUCACUACAGGCAAGAGACUAUGCCUUAUACCAUCCUAGAAGGGGUUAAUUCGAUUUCAUAGGGGUUGAUUUUCAUACAUACAUUUUUUAAAUUAACAAUUAACAAAUGACACAAAUAGACAACCAAUUCCUGUCUAUAUUCUCUCCCCCAUUCCCGUGACUGUCUUAAAUUAAAACCUUUCGGGUUUGUAGUAUGUACUGUAACUUAUAUCGGGGUUGUUUUUUUCAUUUUAGAAUGGUAGUCGUGUGAUUCUAUUUGAAAUCCAGAAAAUUGUAGUGAUGGUCUUUUAUCUUUAAUUUAAUUAAUUAAUAGAGUGUUGUCAUUUA